AUGAACAAAGAUGCGGAUGUUGCCUCUGCUGGAACCGAGCCCGGUCCGACCGUGCUGGAUAAGGACAAGGUGGGGGAGCACGAGUCGGUGGGGCUGGUCGGUGGCUCUCCACCUUCUGGUGGACGGGGGAGGCGUAGGCAGAGGAAGAGUGAUGGGGAGGACGAUUAUGACACCGUCGUGCCCGGGGACCUCAUUACGCGGGCGAAGAGGCGGCAGACGACAGGUAGUGCUGACGACGCCGGAGGCGCGGCAGUUGGGAUACCGCGAGGCGCCAAGGAAGCUAGUGGCAAGGUGGGCGGUCAAGCAUUGCGCCAGAAGGGCCGACCCGCAGCAAGAAAAGCAUCCGGCGGAAGGAGAGGCAAGAAAGCAGCGACGGGAACAAAGCCAAAACGGGGCGAUGAAGACCUCGGUGAUGCGGAGGAGGAGGAGGAUGAGGAGGAGGAUGCGGAGGGAGAGGAGGAUGAAGAGGAAGCGGAGGAGGAUGACGCGGAUGUUGGGGAGGAUGAAAAAGAUGAGAAUGAUGGCGGGGAGGACGAAGAGGAGGAGGAGGAGGAGGAGGAGGAGGAGGAGGAGGAGGAGGAGGAGGAGGAGGAGGAGGAGGAGGAGGAGGAUGAGGAGGAGGAGGAGGAGGAGGAGGCAGAGGAGGAGGAGGAAGAGGAGGAGGCAGAGGAGGAGGAGGAUGCGGAGGGACGGGAACAAAGCCAAAACAGGGCGAUGUGA